GGGCGUUGAUGCAUAGCGAAUAUUCCAAGCUACACAGAUUUAUCUUCGUGAUUGUUUACAGAGGAAAGCAGUUGCUCAAAACAAAGCAAUAUUGUGCGGCAUAUGCGUCAAUGCAUCAUGUGUCUCGUGCUAUUUGAUUUUAUAUCAGAACGAAUUUUGCUGUCCGGUAUCUCAAAGAGUUAGAAAUCUUUCGAGAUUUCGCAAAAUACGCCACGUGGAAACUUAGUUUGAAAGUGAUAUUUGUUUAAUCUUAACACUUGCCAAAAUGAGUCAAACAAAAAGAUCGCAAAUUACUCGAAGCAUGAGAGAGAGUAGCAAUGAUAUAUUUUUAUCGCAAGAUCAACCUGGCACAAGCAGCCAGAUUAAUGCAUCAUCGCAACGAAGUAGUAGAAAUUUUUCACAAUUAAUGAGCUCACAAGACAUGGAAGCACAAGAGAAAAUGCAAUUAAUUAGCAGUAUAAUAAGAUAUGUGUUUGCGGCAGAUAAAAGCAAACAGCCUAUACAAAAGACUCAAAUCAUUAAGAAUGUACUGAAUGGAAAUGGCAGAUUGUUUCGUACAAUUAUAGAGAAAGUGAACAGGGAAUUGUCUCAGGUAUUCGGAUUCGAACUGGUAGAAAUCGAAAGCAAUAGGUACAUAUUGGUAAAUGAAGUAGAAAACAAACUUCCACAUCUCAUUUUUCACAAUAGCAGUAAGCAGUUGCUAUUAUAUCUUGUGCUUGUUCACAUUUUUAUGCAUGGCGAAGCAUGCCAAGAAGAUAUAUUAUGGAAUUUUCUCCGCAACUUGAACAUCAUAACUAACAACAGUUUCCAAAAUGAAUACUUUGGCGAUGUGAAACAAUUGGUGACAAUAGAUUUUGUAAAUGAGAGAUAUCUUGAGAAAACAUUAGUAGAUAAGAAUGAUCCAUCACUAUUUGAAUAUACAUGGGGAUCCCGAGCAGAAAAUGAGUUGACUUAUCGAUCCGUCUUGCAAUUUGUGGCAAAUAUAUAUGGCAUUUCUCCAAAAAAGUGGAAAUUACAAUAUAAAGCUGUGAUUCAACAAGAAGCAUAAAAUAAAAUUUAUUGAUCUGUUUACGAUUUUUCGUCCCUGAAAAGCAACCCUAAAACUGCACGGAUUAGAGCUUGUCUAGAAUCUUCAAGUUCAAGCAAAAGCAAAGACUAAUCUGAAUCGCGCGCAAAACUGCACAUGCCCGGGAUUACGGCCUAUAUCCGUAUUUACUUGAAUAAAAUAUUUAAAUAAAAUAAUUAAAUAUUUAAACAUGAUAAAUUUUUUAUGAAUUACAACAAAUCAUAUAAUAUAUAAUUCGUACUUGUAAAAAUUUAGAUAGAACGUUUCUAAAUUUGGGUCAUCUCUAGAAACUUGUAUUU